GGCGGUGUGUUUCUCCUCUGGUGAUGUUUGUUUUUAGCAGAGAGCAUUUUACACGAUGGAGCUGCCGGAGACGAUUAGAAAACGUCUAGAAGACUUUUCACGGACUGUGUUAUUUGACCAGAGUCGGACGCAGCCUUUCACAAAGGAGAAUGACACGUUUUUGCCACACGACAAGCGGGUCUUGUCUAGUCUCCACCUCCAGAUGUCUCUGUACUUCAACAUGUGGUUCUUCCCCCUGUGGUGGAUCAGUGAAACUGUGAUGCUGCACCUCAAGUAUCCUGCCUUGCCAGACUACUACAAGUUCAUCCUUGUCACUGUUCUCAUCGUGAUGACUCUGAUCGAGGCCAUCAGACUCUUUCUUGGUUAUGCUGGGAACCUGCAAGAAAAGGUCCCAGAGUUGGCUGGAUUUUGGCUGCUGAGCAUCCUGCUGCAGUUUCCACUCAUCCUGUUUCAGCUCUUCAAUGAAGCCAUUCUCAUACAACCCCUGGAGAGGGGUGUUCACAUAGUUCUCGCCUUGUUCAUACUCACACAGACCCUCUCUGGUUUUGUGGCGCUCCGGGACAUGGUCAGACACAAAGAGAGUCAAUUUCAUCUCCGGCACUUUGACUGAAUUCUGAGGCAGACAUCCCUGCAUCACCCUGACACACUGGGACACAUCCUUACAACAACAAAAAUAAUGUCACUUUUUCUAUUCCAUGUAGUACAUAUAAUAAAACAAAUGUUGUCCCUGUUGUUGAGUAUUUAAGAAAAAAACAUUUGGACAUAUUUAUUUUUAUAUUUUAUAGUCAAUGGGAUUGUAUUUUUUAUUGAUUUACAAUAAAUAAAAUUCAUAUAACACGAAAUGUGUAUAAUUUAUUAGCCAGCUAAUGUACUGAAACGUUGACUUUGUGUUAGUUUGCUCCAGUGUUGGAGAGUAACUAAUCACAGUAAUUAAAUUAUUAUUUUUUUAAAUUGUAAUCAUUUACAGAGGAAAAAAUCUGUAAUUAAAUUACAGUUACUAAUCAAAAUGUUGGUGAUUGCAAAGGAUUUACAUACGAAAAAAAUCAGUAGAAAGUUUAAAUGCUGAAUAAAACAUUAAUUCUGUUGCUUUUCAUCUUUUUGCCAUGCAGUAAUGCCUUCUUGUUCUUUUCAGCUUCAUAGUCCUGUUUAAAACAUUUGUUAGAAAAAAAUCAAUUGUAAUAAGAUACAUUACUCUGAUGAGAUAAUUUAAAUGGCUACAUAACUUGUUACAUUUUUAGCAGGGUAAAUAAUAAUCUCUGACAUAUUACAUUUUAAAAAUAACCUUCCCAACACUGAUGUUUAUUCAAGCACAUAGGUUUGUCAACACUGCAGAAAAUAGAUUGCAGCAUUGUUGUUAACAUUGCAUGCAAAAACAACUUUUUAAAGAGUUUCUGUCAUUUUGUUUAAAUGGAAAGGGAGCAUGUUAAUAAACAACAGAGAUUGUCAUCUGAAUUUCAUUUUUUAGGAUUACUACUAGAGGGUUUCACUUCGAUCCAGACGGUGGGCCUGGGAAAAUCUGGAAAGGCCCGUACUCAUGAGUACUCAUGUCAGGAUUUCACUAACCUAUCAAUGAGCCAGCAGCUUUGUAUCCAUCAAUGGAGAGCAUUUAACCCGCAUGACUGAUCAGCUGUUUCUGCUGUCACAAAAGCCUUUUGUUUUGUUCUCUCAAUGUUUAAUCUAUAUCAGUGCAUUUCUGAUAUUUUCUCUUGAUACUGUGUAUGUUGAGAGUUUGAAAUAAAGACUUACUGCUCCACUCAUGA